UUGAAUACACUAUUUGGAGACUCAGUAGGCACCAAACUUGGGCACCAUGAAGAUAGCAGUGGCUUUUCUUUUAGUGGCUCUAAGCAGUUGCUUUGAUUCUUCUACUGCUAUUACAGAUUCUAAGCUGCUGGAAUGCUGCAAAAUGCUUGCACAGAAAGACCUACAGGGCACUAAGCACAAGCUCAAAGAUAUGCUAUGUCUUUACCAAGAAGGAAAGGAGAAAAAUAAUGCGGAAUCAUACAGAAAGUUUCUUACAGAACUGGUUACAUUACUGGGAACUACUGAUGAUAACAUUGGGAAUGUUGCUGGUGUUGCUGGAAAGAAGCUCCUUAAAGUUAUGGGUGCUAUUCCAGCUGUUACACCAGUUUUCAAAGAAACAUGUCAAGCUACGGGCAAAAGUUUGCAAAGUCUAUUGGUUCACAAGCACUAAACAUGUCUACGCUGCUAAUGGGUCGCUUGAUUUCUUUCCAUGACCAGUGUAGCCAGCUAAUAAUGCCAGCCAUAAUGCUGCAUACUUUUGUCUUUUGAGGUUCUCUUUGAAAUGACUGCUUGCAAAAUGUAAUCGCCUUAAUAAUUACUAAUAAACUGCAUCUGAAAAAAGGAGAGUGAUUAUUUUUUUUCAGGAUAAUAUAAUGUGUAUUAUUUGUAUUUUGAAAUGUAUAAAUUGGCAUUCUAUUGGGAGAAUGU